GCCGGGAGGGGUGGGAGCCUUGAACUUGCCUCAGGGCGGGGGAAGAGAAACCCCGCUGCGGGCCUGAAGCCGUUUCUUGCUGGGCGAGCGUCAACUCCGCAGAGAUUAUUAACCAGGUCAGCGAAAUGAGUCUGAACCCCUUUUCUAGAAUCACAGUAGCAGCCACAAGGCACUUCCUCCCGCUCCCCACCCUCUUCCCAACCCCUAGCGCCCCUUUUCUUUUUCGUUUCUUUGCACGGUUUGUUUCCUUGACAGAAUGUAAUAUUCAUAGUUGUACUCCUGUAACCACACCGGGUCUAGCAGGUGGGGAGUCGAGUGCAUCAACCCUGAAAUCAUCUUUUGAAAGUCCUCUGACUGUUGGGUCUGAGAUCUUGUCAGAGCAGAUAAAGGAAAAGUUAUUUCAGGUCUUUAGUUGAAAUUAAUCAUGCUACAAAGGCGACCUGGACAAACGUAGAGCCAGGAAAUCGCUUGCAGAGCUCAAAGGGGAGCCUCCGUGCCACAUAGUCAGGGGGCUGACUAUGUGAGGGCCCUGGACUCGCCCUGCCCCCCUCGUGGCCCCUUAGAGGCCUGCAGAAGUCACAUACCACAUUUUCCCCUAAGGCCUGGUUUUGCACAUCUCUGUUUCUGUGCUUACUUUUUCAGUGGCACCAAAGAAAUGGAAUCAUCCAUUAUUAGCGCUGAGAAGUACCUUAGAAAGCGAAUCCAAGCCUUUAUUUUGAGGCAAGGAAACUGAGGUCCUAAGAGAGAGGAAGUGAUUUGUCCAAAUCAGGCAGCUCGAUGGAGGCAGAGCUGGGACUGGCACCUUUGCCCCCAGAACCCCGGUUCUAUUUGAUUCCUAUUCUCCCUCACCUGAUGUUGGCUGCCCCCUGUGGGCGGUUGAAUAUGUUGCUUGUACCUGAGGGCCAAGCUGUUUCCAAGAGAGAUGUGCCCAAUUACUAGUUUGGAAAACGUAGCCUUCAGUUCUGAAAAGGUUGUCUCCAGAUCCAGUCAAACCUAGAAAGUUAAAACGAGUUGGAUCUGUGACUCCAUGUUUGGAUUACUCUGGUUUUCCCGGUAUCCCUGAUGUUUCACAAGGCUGCCACUUCAUUUGGGGACUUUCCUAGGAAUUCCCUGUCAACCUUUCAGAAGAUGCUGACCUACGGCUCCAAAUAUUAUAAUUUUUUUUUGCUUUAUGAUGCUUAUAUUUCAUAUGAAAAGGAAACUGUAGUAAUUAUUAUUAACCAGAAAUUGUUCAUUGCCUCCUGUUUACAAUGUGAAACAGAACUAGGCUCUUGUUUAAAAGGAUAGCUCCUAAAUGAAAGAAAUGAUUACAGAUUAUAAAUACACUUUAGUGGACUUUUUUUGUGGUAACAUUUUAAAUUUGGAUCACAUCCUGCCUGUCACUGUACAUCCUGGGUCUUCAUAUUGUUAUCCAAAAUCAUAGGUUUAAAUUAUAAGAACCCCAGACUCAGGAUUUUUGGCAAGCACUGUAGCUUGACUUGUAGGGCUCAGUAAAAUACACUUGUGAAUUAGUUUGGAAAGAUAAAACCUGAUGAGACUAUAAAUUUCUUUUUUUUUAAAUAAUAAAUUACAUUAUGACAUUGCUUUAUAUUAGUAUUGUUAAUGCUCCCAAUUUGGUGGAUUUCUCAAUAUUACAAUGAUACAUUUUCCUCAUAUUUUAAAUUUUAUAAGUAACAUUAUAACUAAAAGUACUCUCAUCUAUACAGUACCUGAUUAAUAAACAUUAAAUAUAGAGUUACUUCAAAAGUCAUCAAAAUUCCUUGCUUUGGUCAGCUAUGUAACAGAAAAAGCUCUUUUAAAAACAGCCGUGAGUUCUUUUUAAACCCACAGAUUUAUUCUGGGGGGAAUCCCUUAGUUUUGAAUUAGGUACAUUCUGGGAUAUUUCAAACACCAUUUAGUGAAAGGCAAUAACAACAAAAGAGUAACUAAGAUCCUGACUAUAAGUGGCCUAUUAUCCCCUCUGGUUCUUUGGAAACUGAGUAUUCUAAGCAUAGCCACAGGUUGGAUCUACCUGAGCCUGAGUUUUGAACAGUUUGAUAUUAAUGUUAUUUACAAAACACUUGGAUCAUUUAAUGGUCUUAUUUAUCCUUCCUCAGGGGUUUAAAUCCAUCCUCUUAGACUCUUCUGAUCCUCUAAUCUUUAAGGGAUGAUUAUAAUUAUAUUAUUGAGUAUAUUACAACUUGAAUUUUUUCUCUUUUAAUAAGUCACCAGCCCCGUUGAAAUAACAUACUCGAGUUGUUUAUUGUUUGGGAAAUGUUAUUUAAACAAUGUGACGUAUGCCAAGGCUUUGGAGUGUGUUCUUAUAUAAAGGAUAUGGGCUCUUGUUCCUUUUACUGUCUCUAACAUUAAGUCUUAAAUGUAAACCUCCAUUGGUGGGAAGGUUGCCAAAUGUAUAACUUGUCCCUAGUCUAACAGUAACAACAGGUUUAAACAUGCAGAGUAAUAAGAAAGUGCCAGGUCCUUUGCCGUAUCUGUGGAUACCAAUAACAGCAGAGCCAGUUUACAAUGCUGGAGCGACAGAAUGCAGAAUAAAAUCUUGUUGUGCAAGUUUUCAGAGUUUUAUCUUCGUAAACUUUGAAAAAGAUUGUUGGGGAGUUUUUGUGGAAAGUUUUGUAAUCCAAGAGUUUAAAUCCUCUUGUUCCAGCUUACGUCUGCCCACUUUUAUUUCUGGCAGCAUAUACAGUAGUGAUGAGGAUGAUGAAGACAUUGAGAUGUGUGAUCACGACUAUGAUGGGCUGCUUCCCAAGUCUGGAAAGCGUCAUUUGGGGAAAACUAGGUGGACCAGGGAAGAGGAUGAAAAACUAAAGAAGCUGGUGGAACAGAAUGGAACAGAUGACUGGAAAAUUAUUGCCAACUAUCUCCCGAAUCGAACAGAUGUGCAGUGUCAGCAUCGAUGGCAGAAAGUACUAAACCCUGAACUCAUCAAAGGUCCUUGGACCAAAGAAGAAGACCAGAGAGUGAUAGAGCUUGUACAGAAAUACGGUCCGAAACGUUGGUCUGUUAUUGCCAAGCACUUAAAGGGGAGAAUUGGAAAACAAUGUAGGGAGAGGUGGCAUAACCACUUGAAUCCAGAAGUUAAGAAAACCUCCUGGACAGAAGAGGAAGACAGAAUUAUUUACCAGGCACACAAGAGACUGGGGAACAGAUGGGCAGAAAUCGCAAAGCUACUGCCUGGACGAACUGAUAAUGCUAUCAAGAACCACUGGAAUUCUACAAUGCGUCGGAAGGUCGAACAGGAAGGCUAUCUACAGGAGUCGCCUAAAGUCAGUCAGCCAACAGUGGCCACAAGUUUUCAGAAGAACAGUCAUUUGAUAGGUUUUCCUCAUGCUCCACCUUCAGCUCAGCUCCCUCCAAAUGGCCAGCCCUCAGUUAACAAUGACUAUUCCUAUUACCACAUUUCUGACGCACAAAAUGUCCCUGGUCAUGUUCCAUAUCCUGUAGCGUUACAUGUAAAUAUAGUCAAUGUCCCUCAGCCAGCUGCUGCAGCCAUUCAGAGACACUAUAAUGAUGAAGACCCGGAGAAAGAAAAGCGAAUAAAGGAAUUAGAAUUGCUCCUAAUGUCAACUGAGAAUGAGCUAAAAGGGCAGCAGGCGCUAUCAACACAGAACCACACAUGCAGCUACCCCGGGUGGCACAGCACCGCCAUCGCCGACCACAGCAGACCUCAUGGAGACAGUGCACCUGUUUCCUGUUUGGGAGAGCACCACUCCACUCCAUCUCUGCCAGUGGAUCCUGGCUCUCUACCGGAAGAAAGCGCGUCUCCAGCAAGGUGCAUGAUCGUCCACCAGGGCACCAUUCUGGACAAUGUUAAGAACCUCUUAGAAUUUGCAGAAACACUCCAAUUUAUAGAUUCCGAUUCUUCAUCAUGGUGUGAUCUCAGCAGUUUUGAAUUCUUUGAAGAAGCAGAUUUUUCACCUAGCCAACACCACGCAGGCAAAGCCCUACAGCUUCAGCAAAGAGAGGGCAAUGUGAAUAGACCUGCAGGAGAGCCUAGCACGAGGUUGAACAAACGCAUGUUGAGCGAGGGUUCACUUGACCUACCCAAGCCCUUCCCUCCUACAAGACACAGCACAGUUCCACUGGUCAUCCUUCGAAAAAGGCGGGGGCAGGCCAGCCCCUUAGCCGCCGGAGACUCUAGCUCCUUCAUAUUUGCUGACGUCAGCAGUUCAAGUCCCAAGCGUUCCCCUGUCAAAAGCCUACCCUUCUCUCCCUCGCAGUUUUUAAACACUUCCAGUAACCAUGAAAACUUAGACUUGGAAAUGCCUUCUUUAGCUUCCACCCCUCUCAAUGGUCACAAAUUGACUGUUACAACGCCAUUUCAUAGAGACCAGACUGUGAAAACUCAAAAGGAAAAUACUAUUUUUAGAACUCCAGCUAUCAAAAGGUCAAUCCUAGAAAGCUCUCCAAGAACUCCUACACCGUUCAAACAUGCACUUGCAGCUCAAGAAAUUAAAUAUGGCCCCCUGAAGAUGCUACCUCAGACACCAUCUCAUCUAGUGGAAGACAUACAGGAUGUGAUCAAACAGGAAUCUGAUGAAUCUGGAAUGGUUGCUGAAUUUCAAGAAAACGGACUGCCUUUACUGAAGAAAAUCAAACAAGAGGUGGAAUCUCCAACUGAUAAAGCGGGAAACUUCUUCUGCUCAAACCAUUGGGAAGGGGAGAGUCUGAACGCUCAGUUAUUUACGCAGUCAUCACCUGGGGCAGAUGUGCCAAACAUUCUCACAAGUUCCGUUUUAAUGACGCCAGUAUCAGAAGAUGAAGACAAUGUUCUCAAAGCAUUUACAGCUCCUAAAAACAGGUCCCUGGCGAGUCCCUUGCAGCCUUGUAGCAGUGCCUGGGAAUCUGCAUCCUGUGGAAAGACAGAGGAUCAGAUGACGGCUUCCAGUCAGGCUCGGAAAUAUGUGAAUGCAUUCUCGGCCCGGACUCUGGUCAUGUGAGAUGUUUCCAGACAAGCAUUAUGGUUUUCAGAACACUUCAAGUUGACUUGGGAUCUAUCAUUCCUCUACAUGAAACUUUUCAUGAAUGGGAGAAGAGCCUAUUUUUGUUGUGGUACAACAGUUGAGAGCAGCACAAAGUGCAUUUAGUUGACCGAAAUCUUAUUGGAUUUCAUCCAACUAAAAGAAUUUUUUAAAAAAUAAAUAACAGUCUUACCUAAAUUAUUAGGUAAUGAAUUGUCAUCAAUUGUUAAUAUCUUAAUGCAAAAUUUUUUUAAACAUAAAGUGAUUUAUCUGUAUUUUAGAGGAUCCAACAAACCAGUAUUUUCUCCUGUGAUGACUUCUUUGAAUUUUUACAUUAAGAAAAGGUACUCCAAUAUUUCACUUUCCUCAAUCACUAAACACAAUAUAUUGAUUAAAAAAAAAAAAAAAUCAGCAUAAGCAUUACUCUAGAUGUUGACUUAAUACCAUGGGAUAAUUAACCAAGAUUGUAAAUGCUCAUUUAUGGUUAAUAGCAUUGGGGGUACAUUUACUGUACUAAACCAUUUUAUGAGUUUUUGUUAGCUUGCUUUAAAAAUUAUUACUGUAUGAAAUAGUUUUAUAAAAAAAAUUAUAUUUUUAUUCAGUAAUUUAAUUUUGUAAAUGCCAAAUGAAAAAUGUGUUUUGCUGCUAUGGUCUUAGCCUGUAGACAUUGCUGCUAGUUUCAGAGGGGCAGUAGAGCUUUGGAUGGAAAGAAAAGAAACUUGGUGUUAGGUAAUUGACUAUGCACUAGUAUUUCAAACUUUUUUUAUUUUUUAUAUAUAUAUAUACAUACAUAUAUAUAUACAUUUUUUCCUUUUGUAAUACAUUGGAAAACUUAUUUGGGAGAUUUUGCAUUUGUUGUUGUUGUUUGUUAUUGUUGGUUUUUAAGAGCAAUGCAUUGCACUUCUUUUUUGGGAGAUCUAUGUUGUUGAUGUCCUGUGUUUUGUUUUGAGUUCAGCCUGACUGCUCUUUAAUUCAGGGUUGUGUGUUUUAUCGCAUCCAUGGUUUCUAAGUGUAUGGUGUCAGAACUGCUGCACGGAGCCUGAGUUUGCAGCUGGGAGACAGAAGACUGGGGUUGAUACCCAGUUGCUGCCUUAAGAACAUUUGGUGCAAGAUGGCCGGCACUAAACUUUUGAUAUGAGAGUGUACUUACUGCCUUGUAGAGAAAUAAAGCUGUGCCCUUAUUUUACUUACUUUUGACUUCUCUCUUAUUUGUGAUCAUGGACAAUAAUCAGACUUAAAAGAAAAUGAAGGCAACACGGUACAAUUAAUAAAUUGCCCAGAUUCUGAACUCAAUGUGAUAAAGCCAAGAAUCAUACUUUGGAGAAAGAGGAGCAGACAAACCAAUUUAAAAAGUACACAAAAUAAUCAUGUGCAGAAUACCAACUGUAAGGGAUCUUCCAGACUGUAUCAGCCAGGGUUCCAGCAGCAUUCCAACUGGGAUGAUGUGAGGGGAGUUCAUUUACAAAGAGACUGGUACCAUAGAUGUGGGCAGGGUGUAGUGGAACCACAGGCAUAGUGCAGGCACGUGGAUAUAGGCCUCAUGCUACUACCACCUAGAGGGGGAGAGUUGUGGAAAGCAGGAACCCUUGAGUGGAAUUGGGACUUCUGGCAAAGUCAUUGAUGUCCAAGGUGACCUUACAGGGAAGGAGCUAGAGGUAAUGCCCUAACUUUGCUUCCCGUAUAGCUCCCAUCUCUGCCUGGGCACCUCAUUGACAGAACCAACCAGUUACCAGUUGCCAGAGGGCAAAUAAGUGCCCUGAUGUAAGCCAGAUGGUCAGCCUCCUAAGGCAGAGAGCUGGAGGAUGCGUUCUGGAGGAACAAGGACGUGGAGUCCCAGCCCAGCUACCACUCAGUCCAACUCCCCCAUUUUACAGCUGAAUCUCCACUGGCUUCCCUCUCUUAGCUCAGUGUUUAUUUCCCUGUGCUACAAUCUCUUUAACACAAAUACCUUAUCAUUUCCUUUAGUCAAUCUGUUUCAACUGAGACUUUAAAUUCUCGUAUGUAUGAUGUUAAACACUUGGUAUUAGUAGAGCAAAGGAUUUGUUACACCUAAUUACUAGCCUUUAAUAUAGCUUAGCAUUCUUUGAUCAUCUUUCUGAUAGAUCAUAACACUUCAUCCUAGUGUUAGGAAGUUUUUUAUAUUCAACACUCUU